AUGGCUUUGCAAAGGGGUUAUGUGUGUGGUGGUAGCAGAAAACGAAGGGCCAUAGAGGGUGAUAACUGCAGUCAAUGGUCGGAACUCCCUGCUGUUCUACUUGAGUUGAUCUUGAAUCGAUUGGGGGCGAUAGAAUUCUUAAUAUUUGCUUGUGUUUGUAAGCCAUGGAGAGCAGUUGCAAUUGCACUCAAGCAAGAGUUCAUGGCAUCCCAUGGCCCACUUGUUUUUCUCAUGCCAACAAAAGCUAGGAAGUAUUGCUACUUCUACAACAUCUUUGAUGAUAGACUUUACAGGACAGCACUGCCUCACCUUGCGGGGAAUAAAUGUUUGGGAUUCACUUGCGGUUACUUGGUUCUUGGAAACUCAGAAAUGAAAAAGAAGGAAGCAGAUAUAUGGCUCGUGAAUCCUUUCACAAGGCAUGAACUCCAUUUUCCUAGGCCACCUAAACCUUAUGCUCACGUCAUUCUGGCUUCUUUGGCCAAGUCUGACUCAGAAUCGAUUCUUGUAGCCUUCUCCAGGUUGCAGCACCCUUUCUUACAGUUUUGUGGAUCUGGAGAUUUCAAUUGGACUGUCCUGGAAUAUGCCGUGGAUCAUUGGAUGAUCACAGAUGUUGCUGUCUUCAAGGGCAAGAUCUAUGUCUUGACUAGUCAUGGAGAAGUUGGGACUUUAAAUUUGAGCUCUAGUCCGAAAGUGGCAUUGCUGCAUGUCAAACAUGCACAAGUUAAAGACUUUGAGAGGAUGGAAUGGGAAAUGGUGAAGCUAGAGGGUCAAAUGCUGUUCUUGGGUGACAUGAAGUGUUGCGGCUUAAGCUUCCCAACCCCAUCCGGGGAAUGGUGUCGUCAGCACUUCAAUACGGUAUGCCACUUAGAGGAACAGGCAUUUUAG